AUGGAUGAUUCUCAAGGCAAAAUCCUUUUGUUCUUUGUCUGUGAUGUACAUCUGCAGCUGUUUGUGUUGUCAUGCACAAGACUCCAGAUCUCAUCAUUAAUUAAAUUUUCUCUCUCCUCUCCUGUUUCCAUUAGGUAUGAUUAUCGUGAAAUGCUGCACAAUGCCACUUUCUGUUUGGUUCCCCGUGGCCGCAGGCUUGGAUCCUUCAGGUUUCUGGAAGCCUUGCAGGCUGCCUGUGUCCCAGUUAUGCUCAGCAAUGGAUGGGAAUUGCCAUUUUCUGAAGUGAUUGAUUGGAAUCAAGCUGCCGUCAUUGGGGAUGAGAGAUUGUUAUUACAGAUUCCUUCUACAAUCAGGUCUAUCCAUCAGGAUAAAAUCCUAGCACUUAGACAGCAGACACAGUUCUUGUGGGAGGCUUAUUUUUCUUCAGUUGAGAAGAUUGUAUUGACCACACUAGAGAUUAUUCAGGACAGAAUAUUUAAGCACAUAUCACGUAACAGCUUAAUAUGGAACAAACAUCCUGGAGGGUUAUUUGUAUUGCCACAGUAUUCCUCAUAUCUGGGAGAUUUUCCUUACUACUAUGCUAAUCUAGGUCUGAAGCCUCCCUCCAAGUUCACUGCAGUUAUCCAUGCAGUAACUCCCUUGGUUUCCCAGUCUCAGCCUGUGCUGAAACUCCUGGUUGCUGUAGCCAAGUCCCAGUACUGUGCACAGAUCAUUGUUUUAUGGAACUGUGACAAACCCCUCCCAGCCAAACACCGGUGGCCUGCCACUGCUGUGCCUGUCAUAGUCAUCGAAGGGGAGAGCAAGGUUAUGAGCAGCCGCUUCCUACCCUAUGACAACAUAGUCACCGAUGCAGUGCUAAGCCUCGAUGAGGACACUGUGCUUUCAACCACUGAGGUGGAUUUUGCCUUUACAGUAUGGCAAAGCUUUCCAGAGAGGAUUGUAGGGUACCCUGCUCGCAGUCACUUUUGGGACAAUACUAAAGAGAGAUGGGGAUAUACAUCCAAAUGGACUAAUGACUAUUCCAUGGUAUUGACAGGAGCUGCUAUUUACCACAAAUAUUAUCACUACCUGUACACUCAUUACCUGCCUGCCAGCCUAAAAAAUAUGGUGGACCAACUGGCCAAUUGUGAAGACAUUCUAAUGAAUUUUUUGGUGUCAGCUGUGACAAAAUUGCCUCCUAUCAAAGUAACGCAGAAAAAACAAUAUAAGGAGACCAUGAUGGGACAGACUUCCAGGGCUUCCCGCUGGGCUGACCCCGAUCAUUUUGCCCAGCGGCAGAGCUGUAUGAACACUUUUGCCAGCUGGUUUGGCUAUAUGCCGCUGAUCCAUUCUCAGAUGAGGCUUGACCCUGUCCUUUUUAAAGAUCAGGUCUCCAUUCUGAGGAAGAAAUAUCGAGACAUUGAACGACUUUGAGGAGUCCUGCUGAGGGGACUGAACUGUACUAUCUGCCCAGUGCAGAUCUACUGACACUUGGAGCCAGACUGUACCAAGGACAAAAGUACAUGCAAACGGAAAGCUGACUUGUGGCUCCUUAAGGAUUCAUUGCUCUGGACUAAUUCAAACCACCUCAUGGGCUACUGUCGCUCAAGACUAGGUUGUGUACAGUUUCAUUAUGGAACAUUAAAUAAUUAUUUUUGAAAUGAUUGCUAUGCAGGUUUAAACUUUUUUAAUGAUCAAAAAACUAUUAAAAACAGAGUUCUUUCUUUAAUCAAAAUUGUGUUGGCUGUGAAUAUUUCAAAGUUGCCAUUCCUUCCUUUACACGUAUUUUGAUUAUCUUUGCAAUUUUCAUUCGGGUUUCCCUGCGAAGUUAAAACAUUCAGAUCUCACAGGGAGAAAAUGCAGCAGUUUUGAAAAUAAAUUGAGCACAAACAGGACAGAAAUUAAACAUUCAGUUUCAUCUAAAGCUGAUUUUUUUUCUCUCUCACUACUCAAGUUAAUAGCUGCUAAUGUAUAGAGUUCCAUUGCUCAGAGAGGAAGCUGAGCAUCCAUUUAGUACAACAGAGUUAAAUUCCUACUGUUUGGGAUAUAAAAACAAUAAAACCUAUUUUUAAAUGGCGGACAGGGGGAAAGAUUGAUGUCAAGGAACAAAACAGAUAAGAUUGAAGUGAGAGAGGAAUUUAUGCACAGCAGAAAUCCAAUGCCUUUUAAUCAUGAAGGAAUGACUCAUAACAAAUCAUUUUAACAUCAGGAUGGUUGCUAUAAUUUGGAUGCUCUGCUUGUUAGUUAGUCCCUGUUAUGAACAGGCAUUGCGACACUGCUGGAUAAGCUGUGGUUUUCAUGAGUUCCUCCUCCUUGUUUGUGGGGGCAUAUAUAUCAAAAUGACACUAUGUGUGUCUUGGUAGUUAAGGGUCUAUCAACAUUUCUGGUUUAAUCCCCUUGUUUUAAAGGAGGAAGGAAAGGAAAAGUAGGAAUCUGAUGGUGAACUACAAGGGGUUUCUAGGGCUUGGCAUUAAAGGACUUUGCCUGAAACCAGUUGUUUUUUACAAAUGUUUGAAGAAAGUCAACUCAGCCCAGGCACUUUGUAUUUGUAAGAGUGAAAAGGAAAGGCCAGAUUCCUUCCUGAAGGCUUUUUGGUACUUCAGAUAACUAUAUGGAUGGGAAUGGAUUUACUCUAAAUUUACCAGAGGGUAAUUCCAGGUAGAAUCUGGCCCCUAAACCCAGGCAUUUGUUCUUGAUGCUUUUCUGUAAUAUUUCUAUUAAAAAAUGGGUUUGUCAUUUCAAACAGAAGCAUUUCAGUCAGUCCGUAGUAUACAGACUAGUUGCAUCUUGGGGCAAGAAAGCACGAAGGUUGAUAGAGAUUAGGAAGACAACAACAGAAUCGACUAGGUAAACAAGCACUUUUUCAAAAUGUUUUAACACUCUCAUUCUCAUGAGCUGUUCUCGGGGUGCUUCUAGUACUCAUUGCUCACACAGUGUGUUAAAUUUGAACUGAGAAGGUCUGGCUGCGCCCCCAAAUAAAAACGAUGCAGAUCAUUCCUUACCUCCAAACCUUUGUGUUAGGAAGUUAAUUCAGGGCCUGGAGAGUGUGGCUUUGUAGUUAGAACAUGGGGUCCUGGAUUCGGUCUAUUCCUGACUCAACCAAGGACUUGUUACAUGGCUUUGGAUAAGUUUCUGAUCUGCUGUGUGCCUCAGUUUCCCCAUCUCGAAAAAGGGGGCAUAAUUGUAUUUGCCCAUUUCACAGGGGGAUUAUGAAGCUGAAUGACUUAGUGUUCACAGGGA